CUCUAUAAUCUACGUGAAGAAAGUACGAUUUAAGUACCAUUCUUGCCACAGAAAAUGCACUGAAGUAUGUUUAUAUGAUUUAUUGUGGUUCAAGGGCUAGAUUUUUUCUGAAUUUCCAAGCUUAUGGUUAUUUAAUAUAGCAUUAUCGAAAGAAAGGGCUUACUAUGGAAAAUUUCGUAAGCCUUUAGGUUAACUUAGUGUUCGGAAUUGGCUGAAAGACAAUUUAGUAUCAACAGUAAUGAUUCGUGGCAGAAUGGUCAAUUGAUGACGAAGGCCAUUGACUGGUAGAGGUAAAGAGCGUCUGAGUUUGAUAUCAAAAUGAACAGUUUUGAACUGCUAGCAAAUUUUAGGUCUUAGUUUUAAACAAGAAAUAAUUAAAUUUUUACUAGCAGUUUCUUCACGUUGAUUAUUAUCAAUGGAUAUUUUUUCCAUGGAGUAAUUUGAUAGUUAAUAACUUGUUAAGAUUCGGGAAGGGAUGAGUGUGUGUGUGUGUGUUUAGUACUUGUUUUUUAUGUGUCUGUCCACAAAAACUUUUAACUUGGCUAUGGUUUUUGUUUUCAUAUUUUAUAUGUGUAUUCCUGUUGGUAAGACCUUUAGGUACUAAAAUUUUUGACCUACUUUUGACAAACUGUUAUGGCCUUAAAAAAAUAAUAAACCUGUGUGUUUCCGGUAACAUCUUCAAAAUAAGGGUUGGUAGGUUGUUCAUUUUUCUUUUUUAAUAUAUAUAUCCUCUAAACUUCCUGAAACAUGAAUUUAUCUCGGGAAGAGUUCCCAUGUUCCUCCCCAAAGAUGCCUGUCAAUGUUUGACAGUGCUACAAGCAUUUAAGCAUGGAUUUAGCUUCUAUGCACUUUUAAAAUUACGAUUUGCAAAUUAGAUUGCAAAUAUCGAGCUAAUUGGAUAUUCCUCUGACUCUCAGGGUUCCAACUUCGACUGAAUACCUUAAGCAGUCUUCGCGCUUAAUGAUUUUUACCACAAGCCCAUAGAUGGUUUUCCAUCGAAGCGAUUAAGCAAGAGUUAUUUCCCAUUGGUAGCCAUAUUGUAGGUUAACAUGCCCGGAUUCCUUCAUUAUUCAACCAAAAUCAGCCUUGUUAUUCUGGUCACUGAGGUGGAGAUAAACUGUUUUUCUUAUUAAUAUACAUUUGUUAAUGCAUCUUUUACUUCAUAAUUGCAAUAUUGCAAAGAUUUCCCCCCAUAUAUUUCUGCCUUACAUGUUUGAAAUAUGGUUGCCUAAAGAGGAAAAUCCACCAGUUUGACCUUCAAGAUGGCGGCCAAGGGGAAUAACUCUGGGGUCAAAAUACGUCAUAUGAAAUCCAUCUAUUGGGCAAACACUGAUCGUGAUUUUGAUCCCUCGGCGGACAUGUUGGUUCAUGAUUAUGAUGAUGAACAGACCCUGGAAGAAGAGGAGGCCCUUAGUGGAGACAGCUGUUGUGAUGAACUGGGUGAUCUAGAGAAGGAGGGAGACAUGCCUCUGGAGGAUUUGCUUGCAAUGUACGGCUAUGGAGGCGGAGUUAGACCUGUGGUGGCCGAGGAACGACAGGAUACACGCUCGAGUAGCGAGGAAGAGAUUCUGAGUAACCAUGAUCUCACUCUGGACAAAGAUGAAAUCGCUCGGGACAUUCUGAAGAACAGUGACGAUGAUGAUGACAAGGAAACUACUGCACAUGAACUCCUCAGUAGUGUGUCUUCCUCACAGACAGCCAGGCUCCUCAGAUCCAAAAGUCAAGAGGGUAGUGAUGACGAUUCAGAAUCUGAGGAGGAUGUAGACUACAUGCCCAUAGAACCUGUGGAUGACUGGAAAAAGACAAUCCAGGUGGGAUCGGACUAUCAGGCCUCCGUUCCAGAUGGUCUCUGUAAAUAUGGAGAUGCUCCAGCGUAUGAAAAUGAAGAUCGUCUGUUGUGGGAUCCAUCAAAGAUUGAAGACCCUGCAGCUGUAGAGAAGUAUUUGGAGGAAGUUAAGAAUCAGAUCAUGCAGAAUGGUACAGGAGCAAGUGCUCUACCAACCGGGGCCCAUGUUAGAGAUGAUGAACAGGCAUUGUACAUGUUACUACAGUGUGGACAUAAUAUAGAGGAAGCCCUGAGGAGGAGGAAAAUGCAGGCUGUCCCUCCCACAGAUCCCAUGAGUUUGUGGUCAGAGGAAGAAUGUCGAAACUUUGAGAAUGGACUCCGAACAUACGGAAAGGAUUUCUACCUCAUUCAGCAAAACAAGGUUAAAACCAGGUCGGUAGGAGAGUUGGUGCAGUUUUAUUACUUGUGGAAGAAAACAGAGAGACAUGAUGUGUUUGCCAACAAAAACAGAAUAGAGAAGCGGAAAUAUGUUUUGCACCCAGGGAUAACGGACUAUAUGGAGCGAUUCCUGGAUGACCAAGAGAGUCCAAUACCUGCUCCAACCAGAGAGAGAUCUGCCAGUCCUCUCACCUCCCUAAUCUACGGAGACCCCAAACGCAAUCAUCUCAGACCGCCAUCGGAGGGGGAAGGGGCAUCUUCUGUACGUAUUGAGCCUCGGCUGCUGGACGUAUCGGGAGCAUCUCCGACAGUUGUGACGGUCAGUCCGGACAUGAAGCGGAAACAGACUGCCACAAGUUCAUCCUCAGUUUCAGUGAAUGGUGUGUAUGAUACAGGGGAACCUGUUCCGAAAAAACUGAAAACUAAUGGUGAGAGUUCUCACUACGAACUCCAGGAAUCCUACUCAGACAGGAGUGGACUGGACAGUUGUGUGUCAUCAUCUCAAUCAUGCAGCACAGUGUCCAGUACGUGUGACUCAGAUUUCCCUAAUAGUGCUGUUACCUUUAUAUCAAAUGACAACAUUUCCUCAUCUAAGCAUAUAUCAUCUGGGUCUGUAGCGACAUAGGACCUAGAGUCUGUCAUUUGUUAUGUUCUUGUAGUUGCCAUUUAUGAUUUCCAAAGGGAAUGAUCAUCUCAUCCUAGAUAGGAUACAUGUUUCAGCAUUCAUGAAAUGCUAUUUGUCUUAUUUGCAAUAUUGUUAACUUGGUUCAUGAGAGAGAUACAAAGAUAUGUUUGUACUUGUUGAUUGUGAAGUGUUUAAAACACUGGGCCAGUGACUAAAUUAAUGUAAAAGAUCUCAACAAUGAUUAUUUUUCCUCUGUACAGUGUGUUUUAAUGCAAUGUUUUUGGAGCAUCAUUUAUAUAAUUUAAAUGAAUAUCUCUCUAAAACAACACAAUGAUGCAAAUAACUGGGUGAUUUUUCACUAAAGGGGAGUAUAUGUUCUGUAAAAGUGUAACUCUUAAUUCAUUUCUAAAAUUGCAGUUAAGAAAAGUUAAUAAAUUUAAGCAAUCGAUGAAAUUAGCAAGAAGAAUUUGCAUGAAAGUGUACAAAAAAGUUUGUGCUAAAGGGUAGGGCCCAGAAACAUAGUCCAUAUUUAGAAAUUGUCUCAUUUCAGCAAUUCGAAUAUGUACUAGAUUUUUGAUAUAGCAGUAAAGCUUUAGAGCUUGUUCGGCCCUUUCAUUUUACGAUGGUAGUGAUAAGCUUGAAUGUGAUAAACACAAAACUACAGAUCUUUUGUACAUAGUCCCAAUACUGUAAAUACAUAGAUUAUUUUUUACUUAGGAGGGAAUGUGCAGUGUGAUGUUUUUAAUUUUAUAAUGAAUUUGUUGAGAAUGGUGUACCUGUAAGAUGAAAUGUUGCAAUUUGUAUAUUCAAGUAUUUUAACUAGAAAAGGUUAUACAUAUAAAUCUUGAAAUUGUCACUUCGAAUGAGGGUAUAGAUGUAUAUUUUCAAUUCGUGUUGAUUGUGACAUUUUGUAUGUCAGAUUAUUUUUAUUUGUUUGUUUUUUUUGGUUAUAUACAUUAUACUAAUCUUCACUGUAAUCAACCCAUUGUAAUCAUUCACUGUCCUUUGUGAGAUUUGUCGUUCUACGUGCAUUAUGAGGGACUAUGUUCUACUGCAGGGAAAAAACACACACAUAUACCGGUAACAGUACUAUGAGAAUUCCCAAUGAUGGGGAGAUACUGCCUGUCCAUAAUAUUGUAAAUAUUCACACCACAUCAGCAUUUAACUUUCACUCAUAUCCAAAGUGUUAUAACAAUUCUCUGAAUGUUAGUGUCAUCUGUUCCAAGAUUUGACAGGGAGGGAGGUGGGAAUUACUUUGUAAAUCCUUAAAAUGGUAUUGUUAUGCAUCAAUUCAGAAUGUUUCAUAGUUUAUUGGUAACUAUUAUUUAUUUCAUGUACAUGUGCAUAGAAUGAAUUUAAUUCUAUGUAAAUAAAUUUUUUACCAAAUAUUGUA